UCUAGAUGGCCGCGGGGGGGUUGGAUGCCGCGUUCUUGGAGCUAAUGCGCGAUCGUGCACAGCGAUCGGCAGCGAUCCGGCAGCGCAUAGACAGGGAUCGGAAAGAAGCCCUUGCAUCGGCCGCACAGGUAUCGAAACUUCUGGAGCGCGGCCUCAAUGCCGGCGUCCAGGAGGUGUUUGCGAACGAGAAGAGGAUCGAGAGCGAGACUCGCGCGGUGGCCAUGACGGUUCAGCGAGCGGUCAAGCAGAGCAACCAGUGGAUGAGCCUCUUCCAUAGUUUCGACACGGCAUUGAAGGAGAUUGGUGAUUUUGAGAACUGGAUAAAGAUCAUGGAACGCGACUGCGAGGAGAUCCAAAGCGCCUUGGAACGCGUCAAACGCUAGCGCGAGAUGCGAUGAGGAAGAG